UAACCAAAUACACCUUUGCCAUGGCUGUAAUUAAUCAACCAGGCACCCAGAUCAAACUUACCAACGUGUCGAUGGUCCGCAUGCGAAAGGGCAAGAAGCGGUUUGAAAUCGCCUGCUACCAGAACAAGGUUCAGGACUGGCGGCUGCGAGUUGAAAAAGACUUGGAUGAGGUGCUUCAGAUACCCCAAGUAUUUAUAAAUGUUUCCAAGGGCCAGGCCGCCAACAACGAGGAUCUCUUGACCGGCUUCGGCACCACCAACCAAGAUGCCAUCAUUGCCGAGAUCUUGGACAAAGGUGAGAUCCAGUUGAACGAAAAAGAACGUAGUGCCAAUUUGCGCCAGAAACAAAACGAAUUUUUGAACAUCAUCUCCACUAAAUGCAUCAACCCCAAGUCCAAAAGGCGGUACCCUCCCAGCAUGAUCCAAAAGGCAUUGAACCAGUUGAAAUUCCACUUGAAUCCAAGCAAAUCGGCCAAGUUACAGGCACUUGAAGCCAUUAAGUUGCUUGUGGCCAAACAACUUUUUCCCAUUGUACGGGCACAGAUGAAGGUGAAGGUGAUUUUAGUAAACCGUGUGAAGGACCAGGUGUACGAUAGGUACAUCAAGCCGAUGUUGGAUGCCAUUGAGGAUGAACAUCAGACUGAUAAGGUGUUUGAGGUGAUAAGCAUCAUCGAUCCUACAAAUUACCGGGCCAUUGUGGAUGUUUUACAAGGUGAAAAUGCCAAAAUCAAGAGGGGAGAAGGCACAAUCGAAGUCUUGGACAUGGCCGUGGUCAAGGACUAAAAUAAAAUGUAUAUUAUAAAUAGGCAUCACCAGCAGGUGGUCCAACUUUCUCACCAAAUAGCACAAUUCGCAUCUC